UAUGUGGAAAGUGUGUUCUUUUGUUUACGGACACGCGUAACUGUUGAAGUGUUCAUACAUUCCCUUGGCGUAGCAUUAGCUAACUGUUGGUCUGAAGAUACCGUAGCUGCUUGUUGAUUCUAUUACUUUGUUAACUACUAUGAAGCUGGAGAUCUCUAAGGUGGUUCGAGGAUGCCGUCUAGGGCUUUUGACAAGCGUCGGACAAACCGAACAGCAUUCACUUGAAAUCCCAGGCUGUCUGCUGUACACCCGCUGUGCCACCGUGCCCCAUCUGACCCAGGACACGCUCCACACCCUGAGCAACCUGCCGGCGGUUACGCAGGUCACGCUGGAGAGCCUCGCAGAGCACCAGGAAGUAUUGGAGGAGUUUAAACAUGGUGUAAGAAAGUUUGCAGGUCUACACGACUCGCUGCUUUUCUGCUCCCUCCAUGACCCUGCCGUGACCCAUCCCGCCGGACAUGUCACCAACAAGACAGUGUCCGUGUGGGGCAGCGGAGGAAGAAUAGAACUGUCAGUGGCCAAGUUUAUGGCCAUGCAGGCAGCUAUCCGGCCAGACUGUUACGAGAGCAUGGCAGAUGGAGAGACGUGGCAGGCGAACACCUCGCGAAAGCGGGUGCGUAAAGCAGUGGAGCGCUCUCUCGCACACCUGGACGAGUGCCUCCAAUUGCACCACAAAAUGCAGGAGCUAAAAGGGUCCAAAAUAUUCGGCGUGGUGGAGGGAGGGGACAUCUUGGAGGAGAGGCUGAGGUCAGCACGCGAGACGGCCAAACGGCCGGUGGCAGGAUUCGUCCUGGACGGCUUCCAGUCCACCUCCAUGGAGCAGGAACUCAAAAAGCAGCUGAUCACUGCAGUGACUGCAGAGCUUCCUCAGGAAAAACCGAGGUUGUUGAGAGGCGUGGGUCGUCCGGAUGAGGUCAUAGCUUGUGUGGAGGCCGGAGUGGAUCUGUUUGAGGGAUUCUUCCCUUUCCAGGUGACGGAGAGAGGCUGCGCUCUCACCUUCAACUACACCAUCACACCUGACCCAGAGACUGCAGGUACAUCUCCCCCUAAAGUUUUGGAACUUAAUGGAGAGGAGCCUGCUGGUGAAGAGCUGAAGAAACAUGGAAACGGCAGCCCUGAAAAUCUGGCCAAAUUUGAGAUUAACCUGAAGGACACAAGGUACCGAGAUGAUUUCCGCCCGCUGGUAGAAGGCUGUAGCUGUUACUGCUGUAAGAACCAUAAAAGAGCUUACGUCCAUCAUCUCCUGGUGACCAACGAGCUUCUGGCGGGGGUGUUACUGAUGUUACACAACACAGCACACUACCUGGGAUUCUUCAACACUCUGAGGGAAGCCGUGGCCAACGACCAGCUCCAGGAUUUAAAGAACAAAUUGUUACAGUGACCAACGUGGACUAGAGAACAUGGAACCAAAGCGAUCAUGGAAAGUCUGAGGGAACAUCAAGUAUAGAGUUGAAGUCAGUUUGGGUGCUCCAUCAGUUUUAAACCUCAAUCCUUCCACAUUUUAUUUUUUAUUUAUUUAUUUUUUUCUGCUUUGUUUCACAUCAUCCAUAAAUGUAUAAUUAAUGAUGAACAAAACAAGCCUUUCAAUUAGGACAAAAGUAAUGGCGCCUUAUAACUAGAGGAAGCGUUAGUCUGCUCUUGUUAUAGAUUAUCCACUGCAGUCGCUGAGCUGCUCUACUUGAAGAUUUUAGACCACACUACCUUUAGGUAGCUCUUUUACUACUUUUACCACCAUUGCCCCAGGUGUUAAAUCUGAUUAAUUAUUCAUUAUUAUUCAUUCAUUUGCAUAUUAUGUACUGUUUAUGCAGGACUAGGAUUGUGAGAUGCAAGCACUUUAAGUUAUAUAUUGGGCGCAAACAUGAAGCAGUAUGUUAUUCUACAAAGACAAGUAGAAUUUCGGUGCUGGUUUUGAUGGCAACUGCCCCCCUCACCCACCCAUCAUGAUAGUUUCUAAAAAUUUAUUUAUUUUAAUGAUUAAAUAAACAAUGGUUUCUUGGAGAUUUUUGGAAAAAAUAAAUGUUUAGGCAGUCGAACAUGAAAGCUCUUGUGCAUACAUCACAUGCAUUAGUGACAACAAAUGUGUAAAUGGACGUGGAGGAGUUUUGUCUGUGUGUGUGUGUGUGUGAGAUUAUCUAGAUUGUCUUUGAGAAUGCCUAUUGCCUUGCUCCGAUGGUUGUAGAGUCACAUGAUCUGUAUAAUUAUGGCUCUGGGUGUGUGCGAUAGUUAAAAAUGACAGCUGGCAGCAUUUCUAUUUAAAAGGUGCUGAGUGACUAUCGCAGCCUGAUCAUUCCAGUCAAUUAAUGUGGUGGCGAGAGUCCAGGCCAGAUCAUUAAACCUCUCGCUGUGCCGUGCUGAACACUUUUCUAAAGCUCCCACACUUCCAAAUCCACACUUUUCAAACUAAACAAAAUAGAGAGAUUUAUUAAGUUGCCGAUAAGGGAAUAUAAUUCAUCAUACUUCAAUAAUGGAUCCUUUCUUGUGCAAGUUGGACGUUUCUUCUGAGUUGGCUAUAUUAAAGUAAUAUAUGUUUCUUUUGUGUGCCCGUUCAUUACUACUCCUUCAAGAGGUUAAAUAAUGAGUGCUGGCUAAGCUGUCCACUUAAAACCAUCAUCAUCAUUUUUUUUUAACUUAACCGAAGUCUUCUUAUCUUCAUGGAGAACAAGAUAAUUUGAAGGGGACAUGGCUAUUUGACCCGAAUGUGCAAGUCGCAGAUGAUGUAGUCUAUAAUGAGCUAACUAAUAGUUUGAUCAUGCUGUCAUGUUAAAUCAUAUUUCCGUCUCCAGUUCUGCUUCCUUAUGACAAGCCAUGCAUUAGUAUUUAAUCAGAGCCCAUGCUGUCAUGAAUGUGAAAGCAUGUCUGGAUAAAAUAUAAGAGAAAUAAUUCCUCUCCCUUGUUGCUCCUACUGUAUGUAAAUCCAGGAUUUCCCAACAUCAUGUCUUCGGGUGCCUGCUUUGGACUUGAGGCUAAGCAUCAUAUCCAGGUUACCUCGUCUACCGUUCGACUUAGAUCUACCCCAGUAUUUUGUGUCUUUCCUCCAGAGCCUUGUGAGGUCAGGCAGAGUUGAAGUAAAGGUCAGUGAUGUCGGCUGUGGUGUGCUGAGAAGGUCAAAGAGGGCGUGUGACCUUCUCCGAAAUCAGGCUUCAUGUGCGGUGUUUGUAGCUACAAAUCGAUUUCUUAUGUACUUACUGCUGGAGGUGAUGAAUGGAGCUUUCACUUUGUUUAAAUCUGGAAAGUGAAAUAAAGUCCUUGUAAGUGUGACUUGUAGGUGAGUUUGUGCUAUAGUGUGUCAUAACUCAUAAUGGUGCAUAAAUUUAACACUAGGGGGAAAAAAAGUCCAAAGGUUUUAAAGUUUCCCAUUUGGGACUUUUUUUUUCUGUCCCAGAGAGUUGUACUGUAUGUAAAUACCAUAUUUUUUAAUCACCUGAUUUACAGGUUAUAUUUAAAAAUUGCAUAUAGGAUUUCUCCAUUUUUUUCUAUUGAUGAUCAGGAUAAAUGGUUCCUAAAGUGAUUCCUUUUUACUGAGGAUUUCCAACAAAAACACUUUGUUUGUUGAUUUUUUUUUAAUGUAUGUCCAUAAAGCUUCUGGAAAUAAAGGUCCCUGUUGAUAUAAAGACUUGUAUUGUACCUAAACUGCUAGAGGAAUAAAAAAAGUUUUCAUCAUAGGUCCUUUUUGUUGGGUUCACAAUGUCUAACUUUAGGAGUUCUUUCCCUGUGGUGAAGUUUAAUGCUGGAAGCUUUUUCAGCACACAUAUUUGUCAUACUUGAAGGUUUGUCUGGAUCGAUGCAAUGCUAAGCAGAUGAAAGUACAGUAACACCCUUGAGAAAGACCUGCUCCAGCGUACUCAAGAUCUCAAAUCAAGAUGGCCGAUGUGAAAAUGAUUGCCUUUAGGAACAUCCUUGAGAGACUCAGGCAGAACCUGAUCGUAAAACCUGAUUGAUCAUCUCUGGGGAGAAGUGAAAAUAGCAGUACACUUACUCACUCGAUAAGGUAACUGGUUCUGCAGAGAGAGAGAAAUGGGUGAAGAUCUGCAAGUCCAGGUGUAGAAUUAAAUCUAAGAGGAAUAAGUGGUAUAAUUAAGUACUGCUAAGAUGAUUUAACAAAC